AUGAACGAUUCCUCACCCCCUUCCUCCGGCCCUCCCAACGAUCCCUCUCAGUCAAUCUGCUUCAACGCCGCCCUGGGCCUGUCCGUCCCCGCUGCCAGUGCUGGCAAUGGCACUACCCAAUCUCAGCCUGCACCCGCCACCAACGCGGGCAACACCGUACCCGUCGACCCGACCCUCGAGCAAAUGGCUGAUGCUGUGCUCUCCACUGCCACCCCCACCCAUCGUUCUGCUGUUGGGCCCUCGAAUGGUAUGACUGCUGCACCUACCCACAGUCAAGACCGGGGUUUGCUGUUAUCGCCUGCUCGCAUUGUGCCCGCUGCGUUGCGUUCGGCUGCCACUGGGCCCUCGGUUAUUCGUGGGCUGCCUUCACGUCCAGCUUCUCAAUCAUCGCCUGCUAAUCGUGUUCUCGCUCCUUCUCCGCGAGGCCGUGAUGCGGCUCCGGCAACUCCUUUAGAUCCGAUUUCUUGUUCAAGUUCUUUUACGUCUGGUUUGGCUGCCAACGUGGGCAUCAAUGGGAAUGGCGUCAUGAAUGCCACGUCCGCGUCUAGUCCGGUUGUCUCGAGUGGCUUGAGAUUUUCAUCACCGGAUCCGUUCGUUGGGCCUUCACAUCACACCACCAAGAACAAGAACGAGAAUCUUUUCGUCUUGGGCUCUUCGUUCUUUUCCUCAUCCUCCGCCUUGGCUGGCCCUUUGUUCUCACCUGCUUCCACUCUUUCUGGUUCCGCUGCUGCUACCGUAGGAAGUUCUCUCACAGGUUUCGCGUCUUCUCCUCCAGCAAGUCUCAGUUUCGAUUUCACUGCUUCCGGUACUUUCCCUGGUUCUGCAACCACAGGUUUUGCAGCUAUUUCAUCUGCUGCAGGCCUUGGCUCUGCAACUGCCGCCACUUGUGGUAUCAGUUCUAGAGCUAUGGUUUUGUCUUCUGCCCCCGACCAUUCGGCUGUUAGUCGUCUUGGUCUCGGUUCAGGCGCUACAUUUGGCUCCUCGGCCGCUGGCUCGCCCGCCGGUCCGUCAACCUUGGCCACUCCUGCCACUGAUGAAGAUGAUAAUAACAGUGAUCACAACAAUGAGAAGAUGGAGAGUGGUGAUGAUGAGGCAGAUGAAGUGAAUGAAAUGAAUAACAACAUCAAGAUUGAUAAAGGCAAGGGCAAGGCUGUCGACUAUGGUGACAUUAACGAUGACGCCAAUAGCAACAGCAGUUUGGAAAUGUCAAAUGCUGCUGCUGUCCCGCACCAGAUAAACAUUCCGGAAGAUAAGAUGUAUGAUUGGGAGGCGAAUCCUAUUUCGGCUUUUUGGAUCCGCAACAACCCCCAUCCAUCCCCCCACCAAUCUCUUUCUCUCAAAGACUUCUAUUCCGGCCUCAUCCCCCCCUUCCCAACAGACCCUGCACUCCCCUUCGCCCCCUGGCGCGUCCACGACCUGCCCCCCUUCCGCCCGGAACCAAUUCAUCGCGCCGUCCAGGUCCCCCUGCGCUUCCUCGCGUCCAUCGGCCAGCUCUACCCGCGCGCAGUUUUCGCAGUCUCCCGCCUGCCGAUCCAUGCGCUCACCCAGAGCCCGCAGGUUAUGUCAGGCGAGAUGCUGGCAAAGUCUGCACUGAUGCACUUUGCCGUUGGGGGCGCCACCGCCGGUUUAGACGCGUUUGCUACAGAAUGGGACCACGCUGUGUACGGGGUCGUCCUCCUCCGGCGAGAUUGGCCCACUGGCGGGGUGGCCGCGCUUCCCAACGACAACGGCACGACGCAAUUUUUCGAAGGGGUCAAGUCCGCGUUCGGGGUUUUGCCGUUCGGAUUGGAGAAGUGGAAUUAUCUUGUUCAUCGCGAGACCAUGUGGGAUGGGACGGUGCGGUGGGGGGUGUUGGUUUGCAGGGGAUAUGAGGGUGUCCAAGGGCCACAGAGUAAUGCGGUGCUGAGAAGGUGGUGUGAGGAGAAGGCACACGGGUUUGGGGCGAAUUUGCAAGCGAAACGGGUGCUGGAGCAUAUGUUUGGCGUGGUGCCGACGUUCGGGAUGGUGAUGCAGGACCUGGGAGGGAAGCAGGAUUCUGAAGGGGGAAAAAAGGGAGUGGAAAGGAAGAGGAAUGGGGAGUGA